AUGGAGAGUCAGCCUGAGCAGGGCCCGGUGUGGACUUUCAGAACUGAAGGAGGGCACCUUCCUCUCCACAUCUCCACCCUCUCCUGGAGGAAUGUAAUUUUCCUGCUGCUUCUCUCCCUCUCUUUGGAGCAGAGCGCUGCAUCGCUGGCUGAGGAAAUCAAAGAGAAACCAGGAGUGUGCCCCGGAGAAAGGAUUACCUGUAACGUUCAAAUUCAGGACUACUGCAGAACGGAUUUCGACUGCAUCGGACACCUGAAGUGCUGCAUUUUUGCCUGUAGGAAGAAAUGCUUGGAUCCCUAUCAAGAACCCUGCACACUGCCCUUGAAGGAAGGAAUAUGUAAGCUUAACCUACAGCGCUGGUAUUUUGACUUUGAAAAAAGUAGCUGCAAACCCUUUAUAUAUAGGGGCUGCCUUGGGAAUGCAAACAACUUCUUCAGCAAUGAUGACUGCAAGGCGGCCUGCAUGUCAGUUGCCAAGGAAGGACAGUGCCCACUCUUUCCUUUCACUGAUCGUAUGGAGUGUCCAGCUUCGUGUAUGAGUGACUUUGAUUGCCCCAAGUGGAACAAGUGUUGUGAAUCCACAUGUGGCUUUGUUUGCGCCAGGGCCUGGACAGUCAAAACAGGUCUCUGCCCACGCAAGCCCUUGGUGUGUCCCAAGAUUGACAAACCCAAGUGCCUGCAGGAUGAUGACUGCCCAUUGGUGGAAAAGUGCUGCACAGAUUGUGGACUGAAAUGCAUCGAACCCCAAAUUUGA